CCGGUACAUAAACAUCGCAUCAAAAAUUCUCCUCCGUUAGUGUUCCAUAAUUUUGGACAGCACAGAAUGAAGCAAAUCUUGAUCGCGUGCCUCCUGCUUUCGACGGCAACGUCGCAAAAGUUGCCGGAUGGAUUUCUCCAAAUGUGGCGCGGUCUCGCCGGUAGGUUCCAGCCGGGGUGCGCGGAACAGAAUGGCGUCGAGUUGGAGGAGACGAGGAAAAUAAUCGAACGACUCGAAGCGCCUGACGAGGGUCCCAUCCACUGCUACAUCACGUGCGUGCUCGACAAUUUGAAUUUUUUGACGCCAGAGGGAGAUUUUGAUACGUCAGUGGUUGUGGAUCGGGUUCACUUCUUCUCGAGCGAAGUUGUCGACGGUUGCGUCUACGACGAUGAAGAUCGCUGCCGAAGGGUGUACAUGUCAACUAUGUGCGCCCUGUACGCGAUCGCCGAAGAGUAAUCACCUUCUUGUUUAAACAGUAGUAAUACACAACCUCAUUAUCUCCAUGGUUGUGCAUGCACAUAAUUAAAUGCCAGCACGCUUCCAAUGUUAAUCCAAAAGAAGUAAAAUAAACAGCCUACAAAUAAU